AAGCUUUCAUCUUUCGCUCUAAAAAAAGCAUACUUUCGUCCAAGCUCUCUCUUCUCCGAGUGUCGUCUCUGUGCUCUCUUUCUCUUUCGCCGACUGUUUGAUUAUUCCGGCUGUAGUUCGCUCCGUUGACUCUGUUUCAUCCGGAGAAGAUCGGGAGUUUCGGAUUUUGUUGACUUGUUUAUAGCUGAUUCGCUGUCGAUUUUCAACUCGGCAGCUAUGAGCUCGGUUUUACAGGGUUUUACAAAGUCACUCGCCAUGACGUUUGUGUCGGAGAUUGGCGACAAAACGUUUUUCGCUGCUGCGAUUCUGGCGAUGCGUUAUCCUAGGAGACUUGUGUUGGCUGGUUGUGUAUCGGCCCUGAUUGUCAUGACUAUCCUCUCUGCUACCGUUGGAUGGGCUGCUCCAAAUCUGAUCUCUCGCAAAUGGACUCAUCACAUAACAACAUUUUUGUUCUUUGGUUUCGGACUAUGGUCUUUGUGGGACGGUUUUAAACAAGGAGGAGGGGGUUCAGAAGAAUUGGCUGAAGUCGAAGCAGAACUGGAUUCUGAUUUGAAGGCUAAUGGAAAAACUUCAAAAGAUAGCAGUAAGACUGAAGAUGAAAACAAAAAGCAGAAGAGGCCGUUCCUCACACAAUUCUUCUCUCCCAUUUUUCUCAAGGCAUUUUCGAUUAAUUUCUUUGGUGAAUUUGGUGACAAGAGUCAGCUUGCUACAAUUGGUUUAGCCGCGGAUGAAAAUCCUCUCGGGGUGGUCCUUGGUGGAGUUGUGGCACAGCUAUUGUGCACUACUGCUGCUGUGAUUGGAGGAAAGAGCUUAGCGUCUCAGAUAUCUGAACGAAUAGUUGCUCUUUCUGGUGGAAUGCUUUUCAUUAUUUUUGGCAUCCAAUCGUUUCUUACUUCUGUUGAGGCCUAAUGCUUCACAAACCUUCUUUCCUGGUUUUUAGGGAGAGCUGCAGAGGUGGACCCAUGCCUAAUGAUAAGGGUCAAAUGACACCUUUUACAUUUUUAAUAUUCAUGUUUAACUUCUUGUAAUAUAACAUAAUGGUAGUAUGGUUACUUGCAUUGUCACUCAUUUAAGUGAUCUUUAAGAUUUAGAAAAAUAAGAAACAAUUUCCAUGUUACGUAACUUUUUUUGGGUCGAUUAUGAUAUAUAACUUCUUUAACUUUCUU